ACUAUUGAAUGGUAUUUUCUUCUGUGACGUAUACCGCUACUGUUUACAUGUGGCCGCUUUGUUGUCCUUCGCGCGAGUAGGAGAGGGGGUAGGAACAGCGUAAAACGUCGCGUAAGAGAGGGGAUAGCAACAGCAUAAGUCCGCGACCUAUAUUAUUCUUCGAGACGCGACCGUAAGACGUCACGAUCAUUCGGUAGUUACUAUCAUUAAUGAAACGGAGAUUCCAAUUGGGAUAAAACAUAUAUAUGUGAAUCGUGAGUAGUGUGAAGGUACAAAUAUUGUGUAGAAGGUGGAAUUUAUCGACCACGUGUGUAUUUACCCAGUGAGGGUGAUGGCUAUUGCGACCACAACGACCAUGUAGACGAAACCGGAGCACACGAAGUAAGCUGAGAGCAUCCUGUCUCUUUCUCGCGAAUACUGCAACAGCUGAUCGGGUGUUGUGAAGGGAAUUGUGUGAAGAUUAUCGGAAGACAAUAUGGAGCCGAAUUGUGCAAAAACAACGAAGUAAUAAAGGAGGAGCAAUAGCGGCGACGGAGCAGCGCAGAUUCUUCGAUAUAAAAUAACGAGAAAGCCGCCAAGCUGGCGAGCCUAACGAGCUGCGUGUCGACGAUGAUGGACGACGAGGAACAGGAGGAACUCCGCUGCACCGGCAGCGACGUCGAGAUCGAAGAAUACACCGACACCGAGGAGUCACCAUAUGUCGCUUAUCAGGCCGGUGGCGAUAAGCUGUUCGAUACCGAUCGCGAGAACUGGCAGAAGCUCCGCUUCCUGGGCACCCUCGUGUCCGUCGCGAUAUCAGUAACCGUCCUCGUUAUCACGUAUCCGCUCUAUCUCGAGAGUGUGGCCGUUGUCUCCAGCGCUUACACAGGACUCCUUUUCACUGCCCUGUGCUCCGCCUGCAUUUUGGGGAUGGUGUACUUUGUCGCAGAUAAAGUGUCGCCGCCACCACCACUGAUACCGAACAGCAUGCGAGUCAGGAUAUCCCGCUGCGGUCUGAUCAAAAUAAGCACUCUAUAUGCUCUCUCGGGUAUCCUAGUCACCCUAUCACUCGAUCGGAAUAGAGUACUAUGCCAUUUACAAGAUCCGAUAAAGGGCAUUACCCUCGUCUUUUCCCUCGUCUAUUACUUCUUCUUUUGUCGGAAAAUGUUUUCAGUGAUGAGUCUGCAGCGAAUAUUCUCGAGCACGACCAUAAUAGUGGGUCUGUUUAUAAGCGUUGAUUAUGGUCUCUGCGACGAGUUUCGUUGUCGUGGCCGGGAGGUUUCCUCGCAUACAACAGUCGCUACCAGGGGAUCCUGGGGUGUCCGGGCAGUUUGGACGUUCGUUUACGUGGGUGCCCUCGCCUCCUUCGCCAUGUUUUUCACCUUGCUCGAACGGCAUUACACCACCGGGCAACAAAACGUGUGCCACAUGUUGACGACGCAGCACAACUCGUUCUUGUACACGGUGUCCCGUUUGGUGUCCUCCCGCGAUAUUCGCCGUCGUGGAUCGGAAGAGGAGGGUGGUCGAUUGUUGCACGUGACCGAUCCGGAUCCCACGAUAAAACCAAAAAGCUACCCUAAGCCGCCGGUGAUGCAAACUCUCUUUUACAUACAUGUCAUCGCUUUUUUUGCCAUCCUGACGUUCUGCUGGCUCGACACUUUGCCCGGCAUCGGCAGGGGCUUAUCGCCUGUAGAAUUGUAUCGUACUAUCGAGCAGGGACUGACGUGCCAUUUUAAAGGCGGCAAAAUGUGCUCGAACGUGUCCAGCCAUGGAUGGACUUUUCUAUUCGCUUACAUCGUUUUCUCGAUCUCGAUCCUCAACUUCCUGUCCUUGUGUGAGAGCGCGGUAUUUAGCGUGGCCACCGCAACCGUGUCGCUUCCGUUGUCCGGUAUCUGGUGGAGUAUUUACAGGAUGGACGUCGACUUACACGGGGGUUCCAUCUCCUGGUCUCCAGGAGUGACGGGCGAGCUGAUCUGCGCCUUGCUCGGUCUUCCUGUUGUGCUGCUGGGUCUCGGUUUGCUCGUCAGAUCGCACUUCAGAGACACUCAGCUUCCUUACCAGACCAUUCAGCCGCCCGAUAUUCAGCCGCACGAGCCUUGUCACAGAUGAAUCUCUCUGUAGCAUUUGGUCUGGCCUCGCGAUCAGGUCCAUACUAACUACGGUGAUCCAUACAAAUGAAUUCUGAUUGAAUUGACGGGACGAUGAAAGGAAGCGUUGCUUUUACGUCAAAUCGAUCGGAAUAAAUGAACUUAAACGAGGCAAAGUCCACCGAAUAAUCGGAAUAAUAAUGUUAUUGUUGUACAUUUGACAGAUAUAUUUUGUCGACUGUUUUCAGACACUGAUGUUUUUCCUUCGAUAGCGAGAUCAAGAAGGUAAAAAUCUCGAUUCGCAUUUACAUUUUUCGCCAAUCGGCACAAGAUUACAAAUUCCACCAAUGUCAGUUAUCUCCGAUUGUGAUUUAAUUAACUUUUUUUUUAAGAAUAAAGAAAAUAAAAUAAAAAUAAAUUAAACUUUAAAUUACUAAAGAGAUACCCGUUUUAAAUCGAUAUCUUUUAUUUAAGUAAAUAAUAAUCAUAAUGUGUCACAUGUGUGUAUACGUUGAUAUUAUUCAAUCGAGAUUGAAAUCAACGUAUCAAGAAUUAUAAGAUAUUACGAAGUUACAAAAAGAAUUAAACCAGAUUUAACUGACAUUGGUGGAAGACGGCCGAAGAUUUUUGAACGGCUACAUUGUCUUAAAUGCAAUUUAUGCGCGCACGCGUUCGCAAGAUUCAUUUUUUCGAAUGUGGAGAAAUGAGAUUGUGACGCGCGCGCGUUUUUGUGAUAAGAAAUAGCGCCCAUAUAUCUGUAUGUUUCCCUUUUCGUGAAAAAAAAAGAAUAGUGCGUGGGAAAAGAAGGAGAGAGCGAAUGUUUCCUAUGUAUUUGCCAAACGUAAACGCGCGCGCGCGACGACGUUAUAGCCGAUUUAUAUUUUAUUUUGAUAUGACGAGAUGUUUUAUAUAUUUUUUCGAACAAUUUCAAAUUACAUGUGUACUGAAAAUUGGAUUUAGAAAGGUAAGAAAGACAAAGUAUAAGCGGAAAGUACUUUUUUAGCUGCGAAUCUGCGUGCACAGGAACACCUUUAGUUAAGAUUGUUGCAAUCUUGAUAAGUUUCCAAGCUCGAACGUGUUCAUUAGUGGGAAAAAAAGCUAGAAGUGAG